AUGGACAAGCACAACAUUACUUUGAGGCCGAAUGAAAGCCAGUUAUGCUGUCAAAGUGAUAUUGAGGCAACCUUUUCCCUUGUCUCUGGCAUUUCUCUUGUUGUCAUAUCGUUUAUCACUAUCGCUGGGAAUGGUAUGUUGUGCGUGGCCAUAUACAAGAACCCACUGAAACGUUUCCGUUCCGCGCCAAUGCUCUUCGUAGCAAACUUGUCCGUUGCCGACUUCUUAACAGGCUCUAUCGUGGAUCCUUUGUACAUUACUUACAACUUUGGCUUCAACCAAGCUAAAGACUAUCAGGCCGUUUUAGCAGUAGGCGAUCAUGCUUCAUAUAUUACUGUCAAUGUUUCUCUUUGCACUGCGGUAGUUCUUGUCAUCGACCGAUUCCUGGCUUUGAAAACCCCCUUUCGUUACCGCAGAUUCAUGACGAAACAAAACGCGGUAGGAAUCGUGGUCGUCUUGUGGGUCUAUUCCAUAAUGUUCAGUUUCCUGCCACAUAUGGGUACGCACGACACUGCGUAUUAUUUGUUGGAUCUACACAUCCACGUCACUGGGAGCCUGUUCACUCUGACUGUUUUUCUCGUUCUUAUUUAUCGACUUUCUGUAUUAACCAGAAAUCAACGAGCGGGUAUGACUGACUCAAGUCCUCAACUUGAUCAGCGAGGAAGAUUACAACUGGUCCGCGAUAAGAAAACGAUUUGCACCUUUUUAAUCAUCUUAGCUGUAUGUUAUAUUUGCUUAUUGCCCUACUACAUUUACAUGCACGUAUUUCUGUUCUGUGCCUCGUGUCAGACAAGCUGGGUGCUUUUAGUUCUCAGCAAAAUUUCUGAGCCCAUAGUAUACAUGAACUGCGCAUUGAAUCCAUUUAUAUACGCUUGGAGACAUAAAGUGUUUCGGAAAUCACUGAAGAUUGCGUUAAUGCCCAGCCAAAUGAGAGUGAAACCAGAGGAAAUGAACUCGCAGAGAACCUCAGGGAUGUCAAUCUUUUAG